AAUUACGCAUCCGCGGUGUUUUUCGGCGUGGAAACCCGCGGACAAAGGAAGACAGGCAGCCUGGAGUACAACUGACUUGAGAAGAGAGGAGUACAGUUGGAGAGGAAACAGGGGAGUCUGGAGUCGGAAGUGAUUUGUCUUUUUUUUUUUCGGAAAUGUAAGUUGAGUCCAGGAUUUCGGGGAGAAAGCUAAUCCUUUUGCAAACCGAGGAGAAAAGGACAAAAAGUGGAGUGGUGGUGAGUGGAAUUAGUCCUCAAACAGCAUCCAGAUCCUCGGAGCAUGGGGUAAGUUAGACGUUUGUGUCUAAAAUGUUCAGAUCGCCCAGUCCUGCUGUCUGGAAGUGAUUUGUUCAAAUGGCGAACUGCUUAAAAAGUGAACUUCGCGGUGACUUCUGAGCUAAAUAGCACAUUUUCUCUCCUUUUUAAGUCAAUCGAUCAGAAUAUUACCAUCAGUUCACAUCUGACACUGCGUUAUUUUCUUUGUGUACAUUCUGAAAGCCAUUACCAAGAGAGGAAUCCUUUAUUUGUGAACAUGUGGGAAGUCUGACGUUUGUUUAUACCAAAAUAACGUGUGACCGUAAAUAGGUCAAAUUUACAUGCUGAAAGAUCAUGGCUGCAUUACAUUUAACUCUGGCGGAUACACAGACAAUUUAAAAUGCAUGAUCAAUCAGUUUAUAGUCGUAUGAAAAAAGACAUAACCAGCUUACUCAUGCAUCCUGCAGUUAACAAAAUUACUGUGAUUUCCUGUUCUCUAUUCCUCUACUAUUUGUAUCUCACACACACACACGGGUGCUGCCACUGGAUCACUUCCAGGUCGAUUGUUGUGCAGGGGAUCAUGGGUGGGUUUGCUUUGGGAAGCUCUGGGUGUCAAGCUGUGCUCUGUCUCAUUAGCUGUGUGUGUUGAAUUAUACAUGCAGGCCUUACGUUUGGUUCAGACACACCUGAACCCUCCUCGCAUUACUAUCCAUGCUGUCAGCCUCCCCCCUCUAGGCCGGUCUAGUGACACUUUAAUUGAGAUGCCACUCAAAUGGCUGAAUGUGAAUAGUAUUAAAGCAUCCUCGGUACACAUUUCAAUGCCUACAUUGCUUGUAAAAUGCGGUUUUAUUAUACUCCUAUGGUGUAUUUACUGACAUGGUGGUGUUGAAAAAUUAAAGUGGAUUCCUUGGGAUUUCCAGAUUCUUCAGACCUUUUGAAACUGCACAGUGAUCCAGCAUAAUGUUGGCGCUCACCUGCUUGUUUGCUACAAAUCGGUUCCUGGAUCCCUCAAAAGGCCAUUAAGGCCUGUCCUUGGAAUUUCCUUAAGAUCAGGCUGAACCUAUACGUCUCCUCAAAUGAGACAAACGGAAGCUAAUGGUGUGUUCAGGUGGCCCUCAGCAACUUGUGAAGGAAAAUUUCAAACUAGCUAACUAACAAAGUGGUAGAUGAAGCAUGGGUAUAGAUGUGCUUAAACACAUGAUGAAUACUUUGCCACAGUGUUCCAGGUUACUGGGAAUAUAUCUGUCUAGUUCCAUAUUCCAAAUGUACGGAGACUGAAGUACUUUAAGAUCAACUGUGUGUUGACAACACACUGCUCUUUGCUCUUUGCACUGUGCACCUGAGCACAAAUCUGUCAAUGGGUCUCUGAGCAACCUCUAACUUCACUACAAGGUCAAUGUUUUCAUAUCUAACCUCCCAGCUUCAAUCCAUUGACCCAGAUAUAUAGUCUACAUGUAUGGGACAGACCACGUGGUAUCGGCACGUAGUAUAUCUCUGUCAGACUGGCACUACCUGCUCCGUAACAUCUGCAGUCCAGUGUGUUAUUGCUGGCCCUUUGACAGUAGCCUCGCCACAAACGUCUGAUCUGAUGGCUUGUGUUUGAUGCUCAUACGCUGUCAGAAUUUGGGCCGCAGAUCAACUCUGCAUAAUCACUCUGUGGUGAGUUCAAUCACCUGGUCCAAAUGAAAGUCAUGGCAAGGACCCCAGGAGGAAGUUAUGGAUGUAGUCGCAGGGCCACCAUGCACACUGAGACAGGAACCUGCACGACCCUUGACAGAUUGAGACAGCAUGCACCAGGAAGCGAGCACCGGGAGCAGGAGAUUUUCAAUUAACAGCCACUUCUGGUCCAUAAACAUAAUGAGUGUGAGUAGGUGCAUAAGUGCUCUCAUGCUGUCUACAGUUUGUCUUAAAGUACUUAACCAUGUCAUCUUACCCAUGAACGCUGUACAAAAGGGAAUAUCUCAUUUGAAGGAGAGACAGUCUUGAUUUAAUAGGGAUGUUAUAUUUUUCUGUAACAAGCCUCUGACAGCGUUCAUUAUUUACAACCUUCAGAAUUAAAGAGGUGCACCUGAAUGCACCAAAUAAACACUUGCAAUUGACUACGGCAUGCUAAGAGCAGCGAAUGAUUUAUCAGAGGUGUCCUCCACAUUUGUCUAUAAAAGCAAGCUGCAUUUCUUCAUCACAUUUAAGGACCCUCUGGAUCGAGACCACCUUGUCGACCCAUUAAGAGCUACUCGCGAUAUUUGUAUAGUGUAUUUUGUCAAUGAAAGGCUGUGAUUCAGGUUAUUUUCUCUUAACAGAUUAUUCACUGAUUAAGCACAUUUGACCUACACUGAAUUGUUUCUAACCUCAUUCUAGUUGAGGUUAUUAUUGGUUUAGCACUUGGUAUCAGAAGCCUCUUUAUGAGGACUUCACUGAAUAAACAGGUGUUUCUACUACGUAACUUGGAUCCUCUUUCCUCUUGUGCUGCAGAGGAGUUGUCUGUGAGCUGUAAAAUGUUCCCGGUACAUCGAGAGAGGGAGCAGCCCAUCUUCAGCGCCAGAGCUCAUGUCUUCCAGAUCGACCCGGCCACAAAACGCAACUGGCUGCCAGCCAGCAAACACGCUGUCACGGUGUCCUUUUUCUACGAUGCCAGCCGCAGCGUAUACCGCAUCAUCAGCGUUGGUGGAACCAAGGCCAUCAUCAACAGCACCAUCACCCCCAACAUGACCUUCACCAAAACCUCCCAAAAGUUUGGCCAGUGGGCAGACAGCAGGGCCAACACCGUCUAUGGCCUGGGCUUCUCCACAGAGCAGCAGCUGCAGCAGUUUGCAGAGCAGUUUAAGGAGGUGAAGGAGGCGGCCCGUCUGGCCAGAGAGAAAUCUCAGGAGAGGUUUGAACUGGCCAACCCUGCCCUUAACUUUGCAGCUCCAGAGCUCUCCCAGGAGUUGUCGGAGGAGCGUCAUUCUCCGCCGCUGCUCACAGUCAACGGGCCCGGCGAGGAAAAGCUGUUUCGCAGCAAGAGUGCUGAAGUGGAGCUGACGGUGGAGAAGGAGAGGGUGAAAAAGAUGUUGUCUGAAGGGUCCAUGUGUGAGAUAAACCUGGAGGCUGAGCUCUUCACCCUGCAGGACAGUAACUCCAAGCUGGUGGAAGCGCUGCAAGAAGCCAACAGCGGCGUGGAGCAGUGGAAGAAACAGCUAGCUGAAUACCAGGAGGAGACCGAUCGCCUCAGAGACCAGGUGUCGGAGCUCGAGGCCCAGCUGGGGCAUCCUGCUGCUGGUCAGACUGCUAGAGAGGAGCUGAGUCAAUCAGUGGAGGAGCUGGAAGCCCUGCUGAGUGCCAAAGAUCAGGAAAUUCACAAUCUACAGAGCAAGAAAAGAGAUGUGGGUGAGCUGGAGAGGGAGAGAGAGGAGGCCAUAGAGAGACUCCAGGAUCUGGAGAGACAAAACGGAGACUUGGAGGAACGGGUCCAGAAUGCUGAAAAGACGCUGGCGUCAAACCAGGAGGAGCAGAACCAGGCGGCGGGCGAGGUCCGACGCGUCAUCGACGUCCUUGACGUUAAAAUCUGCGACCUGAACGACUUGAGACAGAGCCUGGCAAAACUCAUCGACAAAUAGCCACUGCGGUGGUUGGGCUGCAUCUCCACAGUCAGCACUGGUUCCACCCAUGUGGCCUUGAUUUGUGUUUUACUGGUUUAUCAGCAGAGCAACGAUCAAAGCAAUAUGUAAGAAACGCACUGGUGUUUACCUUCAUGGAUCUCUGUUUUUAAGAUCCGUGCAGGUAAACGGCAGGUUUCACAAACCUCUUUAAGGUGUUCUGUGCAAAAUAAAAAGUCACAUUAACACUGCAACCUUGGUAUGCUUAUCACAAACAGUUGAUAGUGUGAUAUAACUGGCUACUACUUGUUUUUCCAUAUCAUAGUUCCCAGCAGCUGCAUGUCCUUCAGCACCCUGAAGAGGAUGAUAUGAUAUUUGCAACAAGUUUUUACUCUGUUCACCGUCUGCCAUCACUGAACACUCUGAAAGCUUUUGAUCAAUCUGCUCUGGAAGAACAACGCCCUCCUCAUCUUUUUGAGGCCUUAGUAAUCCAGUGUAUUUUGUCAAAGUUUUACCAGGUGGUUUACAAUGUAAAAUGCUGAGUAGUGGCUGCUAGAAGCUGUUGGUCUUUUCAGUGAUGGACUCAAUUGUUUAUGAUAGUAUAACUGAUGUCUCAAAAGGACUGAAGAAAUGAAAAAAGGCCCUUUUUAAAGAGCCACCAAACUGAUUUUAAGCUUGUAUUUUGCAAAAGUAGUCACUUCCAACAAGUAUCAAAGGAUUGUCUACUUGUUAGUCUAUUUUGUGUAAUGUACAUGUAUUUAAUACAAAGCUGGCAAUCCUUUUGUAUUCAUAUUUUCUCUGACUGAAUUCAAUUCAAUUUAUUUUUGUAUAGCCCAAAAUCACAAAUUACAAAUUGGCCUCAGAGGGCUUUACAAUAUGUACACAUUUGACAUCCUCUUGUCCCGGAAACCUCACAGAAUUAAGAAGCAAUAGUAGCAGUAAAACUAAAAGAAUCAAAAGAAAAUGGCCCAGCGUUGUUCUGUUCUGCAGAGCUCGAGGUUUCAACCAUUCAACCAUGAGCACAGACGGCAAAACUGCAGUCCUGUAACAGCAGGACACGCAUCAGGACUUCAGAUGGUUGUAAAAUAAAGUUUUACGGACACUUUUUACUCGUAUACUAAACAUAAAUAUUUGAUCAUAAUUCUGGACAUUUGUUUCACAGAAAAAACGAAGUGGCAGUUUUGUUUACUGCAGUUUGGCAAAAGACUUUGACACAUUACACAGUCGGAGGCUACACAUAAUAGUCCUGUAUGAAUAAGCCUUUUACAUAUGCAUUUUCUCAUUAUUGGUAGGUCUCAGAAGUCACUGAGAAAGUCAACUAGGAACUACUAUUUUACUACCUGUAAAAUGUCUGCUUUUACACAAUAACAACCUUGAGUUCAUGUUCAUGUGACACCCUGCCUGUAAUACUGUGGAGAUGCACCCAGUAGGAGUUUUGUCAGUAUAAGGACACACUGAGGCAAAGACCCUGAUUAAAGUUGGCUCCAGUUCACCAUCAGCAGCCUGGGCUGGUCUAACGCCAGCCAGAACAUCAACAAACUCAGAGAUGCAACAUCCUGCUCCCAUUCUGUCCUCUGAGGAUCUUCAGCGUACAACUGGUUUUUGUUCAUGUUUUAUGAGGACUGCUCUUUUCUCACCACUUUAUUCUAUUAUUCAUGUUCAUCGAUGGGUUACUCAGUGAGGAUGGGAAAUCAGAGAUGUCUACCAGCUGAAUUUCUGCUAAAUUCCAUCUGCAGAUGGUAGGUUUGUCCCUUCCACCAGGCCACUUUGACAGGUAGAUCAGCAUUUGAAGGAAAGGUCCAGAUGUGUCACUGUGGUCUGUGGACAGAGAUGCUGCUUUCUCCCCCUGUUGAGUUGAACCUGAGAUUUCAGUUGAUUAUGUUUGUGCCGAGUUUGAUUUUGUUUACAUGUGUCAGUGUUCACAAAAGGUUCCAGUUCUACUUUUUCCGUGUUGCUCAACACUAUCAUUUACCACAAUAGUAAUAACCCUAGAGAGGCUCAGUGGAGCCGCAGAGCAUAGAUCACUAUGAGAGCACUGCAUGAGCGCUGCAGAAGCCCUGUACCUACCAAGGAAUGUGAAGCUGUGCACAAUAUUUUGCACUGUGCAACCGGAGAUCGCUAGAGUUCAAAAGCACAACUGCAGUAGUUUAGUUAAUAGGUACUUAAUUGACUUGCUUGUCGGCUUUAUAUGUGUCCUUCUGAUGCACAGUAGCUAUCGGUCUUUGCUUCUCGCCCCGAUGAGUUGAUUUCUUCAUAUGACAGUAAUAAAGGUUCAAAUAAUGUGCAAUCUUUAGCCGAUGAUGCAGUAACUGCCAGAAUCAUACUAAAAUGUCAAAAUGUGAUUUAAGCAGGUCAUAACAAAAUCUGUUGUGAUAAACUACCAGAUAAUGUACUAGAAACCGUGUAUUACAAGCAAAUAUUACUUUGUAUGGGUAGUACCAUUUUCAACUGAUGGUGUAUUUAUAACUACAAUUUAUAUUACAGCUCAAUUUCAUUUUUCUGUCUUACAAGAUAAUACAGAAAAAUAUCACCUCUACAGUCCAACAAGACUAAUACAGUAAUGACAGUUAAUGUUGCUAUUGAUCACAUUAAGAGUUUAUAUUGUACCUUCAGUAAAUUAAGAUGGACAUUUCAUCAUUCUGACAAGUUACUACACUAACUGGGAGUUCUGACUUAGCAAUAAUGUUUCCAGCAUAGAUGCCUGUUCAUGGUUAUAAGUGGUUUGUAAGUGAUGAGACCUCUGCAAAGCCUGUACCCAUCCAUUUUAAUAGAAGGGUUUAUGUCACAACUGUUUUUUUUGGCUUCAGAUUAUGACAGAUUGCUACCAGCCUUUUAUCGAGCAUGAAGAAAAUGUGGAGGCCAUCGGCUCCUUAGCACGAGCUCCUCAGUUGUCAGAAACACUGCUUCACAACAGCCUUAUUCCAGUGUUUCAUUAACGCACAACUGUAUACAGAGUCUGUAAUAUGUAAUACAGAGUGGUUCCUGUAUACACAGAAAAGACAGUCUAACUUAAAAGGGUGUAACACCACAUGUAAGUGUUUAAGGUACACAAUAUGAUCAGUGUUGUCAUUUUUAAUAGAACGUGAAUUCGAUCUUCAGUAUUAUGUAUUUACAACAGGUUUGAGGAGAAAUCCACCUUAUUUUUGAGACUAUUUAGGGACCUGUUGGUGUACAUAUUGUUUAUUGCCGUUAAUUGAAACAAUAUGUAGCAACAGGUCUGUAAAUAGUCUAAAAGAUAAGGUGGAUUUUGAAUAUUCCUCCUUAAAUACACUAGAAUAAGGCCUUUUUUAAACAUCUGUUACAAGAGAAUGCAGUACCAAAGAUGCACUCAUGCGAAAGCCACAACUGGAAUAAACUUCAUGAUGCUGAAGUUCAUCUCAAUCAAAUUUCUUUUAACAUUUCACCUUUUAGCGAGACUCAAAAUACCUCAUUUAGUCGUGGUUAGUUUCGUUGAAAUAUUGGUAAACUGUGGGAUGGUGUUAGUCAGUUCAAGGCGGCUAUUUUGUCGUUUCACAAGAGUAAAUGAAUUAGAGAGCAGGUGUUUGUAUGGUGUUUGACAUUGUGAAAUAAGUUCCAUAUAUUUGUAUAGAACUGUUUAACAUUAAAACGCAAUCAUGC